CGGCUCGGCGAUGGGCCCCGAGGGCCUAGGGUCAGGGGAGGAGGAGAAGGGAGCCGGGGAUCGAUCGUGCUGCCGGGCUGAGGCCGGAGGGGCCGAGCUCAGGCAGCCUUGCAGGAAGGCGGGUGUUGGGCCUCAUGGCGGUCCGAGCCUCCUUCGAGAACAACUGCGAGGUCGGCUGCUUCGCCAAGCUCACCAACACCUACUGCCUGGUGGCCAUCGGCGGCUCGGAGAACUUCUACAGUGUGUUUGAGGGCGAGCUUUCAGAGACCAUUCCAGUGGUGCACGCUUCCAUCGCCGGCUGCAGGAUCAUUGGUCGCAUGUGUGUGGGAAACCGGCAUGGCCUUCUAGUGCCCAACAAUACUACAGACCAGGAGCUGCAGCACAUCCGAAACAGCCUCCCUGACUCUGUGCAGAUCCGACGGGUAGAGGAGCGACUCUCAGCCCUGGGCAACGUCACCACCUGUAAUGACUAUGUAGCUCUCGUUCACCCCGACCUGGACAGGGAGACAGAAGAAAUUCUAGCUGAUGUACUCAAGGUUGAAGUCUUCAGACAGACAGUGGCUGACCAAGUGCUGGUGGGAAGCUACUGUGUUUUCAGCAAUCAGGGAGGGCUAGUGCACCCAAAGACUUCCAUUGAGGACCAAGAUGAAUUGUCCUCCCUUCUCCAAGUUCCACUGGUGGCUGGUACUGUGAACCGGGGAAGCGAGGUGAUUGCAGCUGGAAUGGUAGUCAACGACUGGUGUGCCUUCUGUGGGUUGGACACAACUAGCACAGAGCUGUCAGUGGUAGAGAGUGUCUUCAAGCUUAAUGAAGCCCGACCCAGCACCAUUGCCACCAGGAUGCGAGAUUCUCUCAUCGACAGUUUAACCUGAGUGAUUGCCUGUAGUUUCUGUUGCUUGGCCUCUUGAAUAAGGACUUUGGUUCCUGCUCCAGUUCCAGUACGGUGUGAGGCCCUUCAGAGUCUCUAAAACAUCUGC